UGCCUAUAGGCUGACGGAUAUGUCACAUAUGAGUUCUUCCGCUAUCGACAGCUGAAGACGCAAGACAAUCUUUGACAAUUGUUAAAGUUCAUGUUGGCGUUUACAAAGGCAUUGAAGAGACAUAGAAGGAGUCCCAGAUGAACAUGGAGAGCCUGAGCAAGCCAGAGCUGCUAAUGCUGUUCAGUGUCCUGGAAGGAGAGCUGGAAGCCCGUGACCUGGUCAUUGAGGCCCUCAGGGCCCAGCACAGAGACACCUACGUGGAAGAGCGCUAUGGGAAGUACAACCUGAGCGACCCGUUCCUGGCUCUGCAGAGGGACAGCAAUGCCUUGGGAGGGCAGAGCUCUGGGUUCCACCAGGCUGCAGCAUGCUUCAGCCCCCUCGCUGUACUCAAGCUGGUGGUCACCCACUGCAGGAAGAUGCAGGAGAAGAUGCUGGCCCAACUAGCUGCAGCUGAGAGCAGGCAGAGGAAGGCCAUUGCCGAUCUGGAGGAAGAGAGGAGAAGGCAUGCAGAGGACACAGCCGAGGGCGAUGAUGUCACUUGCAUCCUGGAAAAGGAGAGGGAACGCCUCUUGCAACAGCUGGAGUUUGAGCGAGGCCAGUUGUGUCGUCUGGAGAAGGAACAGAAGAAGGUCCUGGAGCAGCUGGAGGAGGAGCGGGUGCAGCACAAGCAGCUCUCCUCUGCCCUGGCCAAGGAGUGCAAGUGGGCCAGCCAGCGGGCCCUGGAGGAGGGCCACCGCCUGGCUGAGGCAGGCCGUAGGCUGGAGAAGGAGCAGGGGGAAGUCCUUGCCCUGAGGGCUGAGCUGCAGGAGGAGAGGAGGAGGGCCCUGCAGAUGGAGGCCAGGGUGGAGGAGCAGCUGGCUGAGUUCGAUACGGAGAGGGAGCAGCUCCGCUCCCGGCUCAAGAAAGAGGAUGCCCAGUACUGCCAGCUGCAGGAGCAGGUGGAGGCCCUGAAGAGAGAGCUGCAGGGAGAGAGGGGAGCUGAGGAGGAGAGGAGAGAAUAUCCUGUGGACACCAGUGGAGGGUCACCACCACCCCCCCCACACCCCAGCCAGGCAGAAGGGGGCGAGACUGAGGAACCUAAAGUCAACGGGCACCAUGACUGCGCCACGGAGGAGCAGGUGCCAGCCCUUCCAGACAGAUUGGGCCAGGACAACUGGAGUGAGAACAGCAGCUCUGUUCUUGGGUCCCCUGCCCUCCUGACCAAAAUGAUAUCCCUCUGCAGCACGGGGACCUCCUCUGUCACCUCCUCCCCAUGCUCCUCUCCUCAGCUGGCCACCAGCCCCAGCUACCAGUCCUCCUACCAGGUAGGCAUCAACCAUCGCUUCCAUGCUGCUCGCCACAAGUUUCAGGGCCACACUGACCCAGAGCAGCAACAGCAGCAGCAGGGUGGAGGAGGGGGUGGUAGCCUGCCUCACUCCCCCAGAGACCUGUCCCCAACCCCUAGCCCAUCCCCUGAGCCCGUCUCUGUCCCUGUCCACAGCCCGGCCAAGCAGCUGGCCCGCAGCACCGUCACCCAGGUCCUGUCCCGCUUCACAGUCCAGCAGGGGGCCAAACCUCCGCCACCCAACAGUUCUCCCUUUGGCACUGACUACCGUAACCUGGCCCCCUCCUCCCCAGUAAUCCCCAGGGCCUCUGGUGCUGCUCUGCCUCUGGGGGUCCGCUCACCUACCAUUCCCCGAGCAGAGAGGGGCAACCCGCCCCCCAUCCCCCCUAAGAAGCCUGCCCUGGCCCAGUCUCCAGCGUCGCCCAUCCCUGGUACCAGAGCCAACCACUUCCCUGAGCUGUCUGGAAGCUGUGGUCUCACCAGGUGCCAGGAGAAUGUUAAAGAGCUGGAUAUGGUGGUGUCCUCCACCAGCUAGUCUAGCCUGCUACUGGGUGCUACUAGCGCUGUGUUCUCUUAUACUGCUCACAUGUUUGUAUGCAGAGAGAUGCUCCAAAGCACUGUCAAGUUAAAUGUAUUUAUUGGAAUGUUUUGGUCUGUUUCAUUCUUCUAUAGCACUAUACCCCUAGUUGGAAAAACAUUAGGUACACCUUCCUAAUAUUGAGUUGCACCCUCUUUUAGCCCUUAGAACAGUCUCAAUUUGUUGGGACGUGGACUCUACAAGGCGCAGAAAGCGUUCCACAGGGAUGCUGGCCAUGUUGGCUCCAAUGCUUCCCACAGUUGUGUCAAGUUGACUGGAUGUCCUUUGGACCAUUGUUGAUACACACGGUGAAACAUUUGAGCGUGAAAAACUCAGCAGCGUUGCAGUUCUUGUACCCCGUUCAAAGGCACUUAAACCUUUUUACUUGCCCAUUCACCCUGUUCAUGUCUCAAUUGUCUCAAGGCUAAAACAUCCUGCUUUAACCUGUCUCCUCCCCUUCAUGUACACUAAUUUAAGUGAAUUUAACAAGUGACAUCAAUAAGGGAUCAUAGCUUUAACAUGGAUUCACCUGGUCAGUCUGUCAUGGAAUGAGCAGGUGUUCCUAAUGUUUUGUACACUCACUGUAGAUAUAUUUGUACAUAUCCAUUUUUUGCUUUCUGAAUCGUAAUAAAUAAAAUAACAAUAAUAAGAAAUAAUAAUAGUAAUAAUAAUAGCAUAAGUUUAUUCAGUAAAAUGGUGAAAAACAGGCAAAAAUGCAUGUCAGUUACGGUGUACAGUCAUGGGCCAAUCAAAUCUCUCUCUGCACUACUUAUCAUCAGGGUUGGGCUCAAUUCAGAAUGAUGGAACUGACUCCCAUUCAACUCAUGAGUUGAAAUUGAAAUUUAAUUGGCCACACCCCACAAGAUGUAGAAUUUGAGGGAGUGACAGGAAGUGGAAUUUAAUUCAGUAUAAUUCAAAGAAAUGCCACUCAGUCAUAGAACAUGAGAGUUUCAUUGAAUCUGGCAGGUCACAUUUCCAGAUACCAAAUAAUAUGUAACUUUUCUCUGGAAACAGUGUUCAUAUACUUUCUUCACCUCUAUGCUUAGAAUAGCCAAUUAUAUUUCCACCAAGCAUUUCAUUUGUUUGGCUUCUUUUUGAAGGCCUCAGGGUCAACUUGAUGGAUAAAUUAAUGCAUUCUGGGAAACUUAGUAUUUUCUCAAUAUUUAACUACUUUUAAGUGAUUAAUGAAGUACAGUUUGUCCUGAAAAUCAAUUGUUUCAAUAAUAUUUUACAUUCAUGUAUAUAAUGACAUUUUUGAUGUACAAGAUGUACAUUGUAUUUGUAUAGACUACACCCCAAUAUAGAAUAGGCAUUUGAAUUGCAUUGAAUUUCCCUGAAUUCAAUUCUAUUUCAUUAAAAUUAAAAUUGAAAUUCUGUAUCCUGUUUACUACUUCAGUUCUAAUUCAAUUCAAAUUCAGUAAUUGUAUUGGAAUUUAUGAGACAUUCUCAAUUACAUUCUGAAUUGAGUCCAACACUGCUUAUAAUACAGCUUCUGAAAUUGAGUUAGGAAAUAUGCAUAUCUCUAAAUCAGGAUUUGGAUUUGGCCUGCUUUGAUGUUCUGGAAACACUGAAUAAAAUAAGACAGUUUAUCCUGAACUUCAGAGUUUAAUCAUGAAACUGGGCGGCUUAACACAUUAUAUUUCCUAACGUGGCACAUGAUUUUAACAUUCUGUAUCUUCAAGUCUUGAUCAGUUGACAAUAUGUAUAAUGUAUACAGUAUUAUUAUUAAUAUAAUGUAUUAUAUGUAUAGUAAUUACUAUAACAAAUGAAUAUUUUCUCUCAUACCAAUGGUUAAUUCGUUUUUUAUAUGGUACAUCAGCAUUAAAUGUUACCUUAGUCUAUCACUUGGCUACCAGGACUGGUAAUCAGCACUGCUGCAUGGUUUAGUAAGACAAUCAAGUAUUAUAUUAGAGUUAUAGUAUUACAUAGAAUUUACUGUACUAUAACUUGUGUUAUUUACCCCAUAGCUAUUCUGGCAAUGAUGAGGGGGUAGUUGUGGGGGGAAAUAUCAAAGUAUUAUACAUCAUAAAAAUGUCAUAUAUUGUAGUAUCGUCACUUAAUGAUUUCUGCUUGCAUUUUCUGUUAAUUGAAUUGAAUAUGAUCUUAAAGGUCCAAUGCAGACAUUUUUAUCUCAACAUCAAUGAAUUACUGGGUGAUAUUUAAGUACCUUACUGUGAUUGUUUUCAAUUAAAAUGUUCAAAGAGGAACAAAAAUUGCUUCUUCGCAAAAAGCAAUUUGUCAAGCAAUCAUUUUACUAGGACUGUCUGGGAGUGGUCAGAGUGAGCGGCCUAAUUGGAAUAGCCUAGUGGGAGGGACAUGUAACCUGAAAACUAGCUAUUGGCAGAGAGGGCAAACUCUCUUUGUUGUUGGUCUAUUAAUUAUACCGCCUGUUUAUGUCGUCAGGCAAAAGUAUGUGGACACCCCUUCAAAUGAGUGGAUUUGGCUAUUUCAGCCACACCCGUUGCUGACAGGAGUAAAGAUGGUCUGUCCUCGGUUGCAACACUCACUACCGAGUUCCAAACUGCCUCUGGAAGCAAAGUCAGCACAAUAACUGUUUGUCGGGAGCUUGAAAUGGGUUUCCAUGGCUGAGCAGCCGCAAACAAGCCUAAGAUCACCAUGUACAAUGCAAAGCGUCGGCUGAAGUAGUGUAAAGCUCACCGCCAUUGGACUCUGGAGCAGUGGAAAUAUAUUCUCUGGAGUGAUGGAUCAUGCUUCACCAUCUGGCAGUCAGACAAAUGAAUCUGGGUUUGGCGAAUGCCAGGAGGACAAUACCUGCCCCAAUGCAUAGUGCCAACUGUAAAGGUUGGUGGAAGAAGAAUAAUGGUCUGGGGCUGUUUUUCAUGGUUCGAGCUUGGCCCCUUAGUUCCAGUGAGGGAAAAUCUUAACGCUACAGCAUACAAUAACAUUCUAGAUAAUUCUGUGCUUCCAACUUUGUGGCAACAGUUUGGAGAAGGCCCUUUCCUGUUUCAGCAUGACAGUGUCCCUGUGCACAAAGCAAGGUCCAUACAGAAAUUGUUUGUCGAGAUCGGUGUGGAAGAACUUGACUGGUCUGCACAGAGCCCUGACCUCAACCCCAUCGAACACCUUUGGGAUGAAUUGGAAAGCCGACUGCGAGCCAGGCCUAAUCGCCCAACAUCAGUGCCGACCUCACUAAUGCUCUUGUGACUGAAUCGAAGCAAGUCCCCUCAUUUAGUGGAAAGACUUCCCAGAAGAGUGGGGGAGGCUGUUAUGGCAGGAAAGGGGGAACCAACUCCAUAUUAAUACCCAUGAUUUUGGAAUGAGAUGUUCGACAAGCAGGUACUUUUUGGCCAUGUAGUGUAUGUAUACACAGUGCAAUUCACAGCACAAUUCUAUUUUACAGUACUCAGACUAUUAUGUAUUGUACUGCAUUGCAUAACCUUUUAAACUUCCAUGCAUAUGAUUGAAUGUUAAUGUUUUUUUAUACCAUGCUAAUCAUAUGAUUUGUUACAGUAUUAUCCAUGAUGGAUAUAAAAUGAGUCCGCUCACUUCCCGCCCUCACUGUAUCUAUUUAUAUAUAUAUUGAUCAAUAACCCUGGUCUGGUAGUUUCCAACGCACAUUAAAAGAUCUGACCAUG